AUGAAUUUUCAUAUUUACCUAUGGGUUAGAAGAUUUGUUAAAAAUCCUGAUUUACUCCAGCAGUAUUCUGAUAACCUAAAAGCAAUAUCUGGGAAUAUUCCUGUUAAGGGACACUGGGACGUUAAUAAGUUUAGUGAUAGUAAAGCAUCUAUUGGAAUUGUUUACAGGAAAUUCAGAAACGAAGGUAGGACUGUUAGAAAUGUUAGGUACGCUAAAAAUGCUUCCGGAAUAAUAGUUGGGAUUAGUUACGAUGAGCUGGUAGGUAAAACCUCCCUUGCUGGUGCUAACGACUACAUGAGGUAUUAUGCUACCAAAAGUACAGGUCUCGUUGAUACUUCACUCAUACAGGAAAGCUUGCAGUGUUAUGUCUACUGUGUCCUGGGAGCUCAAGCUAAUACCAGGUGGGCUAUAGUUGAUCGUGGAACUUCCUCUUUACUAACACAAAAAGGAUUCCAUAAACUUGUAGAGAAUAUGGUUAUUCAAACUGA